GGCAUGCACGUUUUAAACACGUUUACCCGAAAGUGCGCGCCGCUGGUUUCGGCGGAAACCUUGACUUCGGAGUGGCUGUGUUUAAGCAUGCUGAGCGGGGAUCUGGCUCCGUGCCCAUUUACACGGAAGCAGCCGAGUGCGCGGGCCAGCAUGGACUCGGACGCGAGCCUGGUGUCGAGCCGCCCUUCGUCCCCGGAGCCCGAUGAACUCUUCGUGUCGGCCAGGACCAAGAGCGGCGGCGGCGGCGGCGGAGGCGGCGGAGGCUUCUCGGCGGGCGGCGCCGUGUCCAGCUCGACGCCCAGCGACUCCCCGGCCGAGCUGAGCGCGGAGCUGCGCAGCGCCAUGAGCGCGGCCGGGGUGGUGAUGGUGGACAAGCUGGCCUUCAAGUCGCCCUCGUCGUCGUCGUCCUCGUCGUCGUCGUCGUCCUCGUCGUCGUCGGCUUCCAAGAAGGACAAGAAGCAGAUGACGGAGCCGGAGCUGCAGCAGCUGCGCCUGAAGAUCAACAGCCGCGAGCGCAAGCGCAUGCACGACCUCAACAUCGCCAUGGACGGGCUGCGCGAGGUGAUGCCCUACGCGCACGGGCCCUCGGUGCGCAAGCUCUCCAAGAUCGCCACGCUGCUGCUGGCGCGGAACUACAUCCUCAUGCUCACCAACUCCCUGGAGGAGAUGAAGCGCCUGCUCAGCGAGAUCUACGGCGGCCACCACGCCGCCGCCGCCGCCGCCGCCGGCUUCCACCCGGCCGCCGCCGCCGCCGCCUGCCCGGCCGGCAUGGUGGGCCACGCGGCGCCGCUGCCCAGCCACCCGGUCUCCCACGCCGUGCACCACCCCAUCCUGCCGCCGGCCGCGGUCUCCAGCGCCUCCCUGCCCGGCUCCGGCGGACUCUCGUCCAUCCGGCCCAGCCACGGCCUCCUCAAGUCGCCCUCCAGCGCGGCGGCGGCGGCGGCAGCGGCGGCCGCCGCAGCCGCCGCCGCCGCCGCCUCGGCCCCGCUGGGCAGCGGCUUCCAGCACUGGGGCGGCAUGCCGUGCCCGUGCAGCAUGUGCCAGGUGCCCGCGCCGUCGCACCAUCACGUCUCCGGCAUGAACGCGGCCGGCCUGCCCAGAUUAACCAGCGACGCCAAAUGA